UCGUCGCAGUUACAAUCGCGAUUCUCAUCAUGACGGAUGCAUCUCGUUACGGCGACGUCGGGAGCUGCAGCCUCCAGUUGCUACCCCUCAUCUUUCUCCUUCUUGGUACAGUCCAGGGAUACGAGGUGCCCAAGGCUCACAUUGAGGUGUUCUAUCCCAAGGGAUUUGAGGUCUCCAUACCGCACGAGGAGGGGAUCACACUCUUCGCCUUCCACGGAAAGCUCAACGAGGAAAUGGAGGGCUUGGAGGCCGGCACCUGGGCCCGAGACAUUGUCAAGGCAAAGAACGGGCGCUGGACAUUCCGGGAUCGGAAUGCAGUCCUCAAGCCCGGCGACAUUCUUUACUACUGGACGUACGUUAUCUACAACGGGUUGGGUUAUCGCGAAGACGACGGGUCGUAUGUGGUGAAUUCCUUCAGUGACCACAACACUUCGCGACCUCCCGUCCCGCCCGUUCGUGUCGAUCCCACUACGUCGUGGGCUUCGCCAGACGAUCCGGGUCUGGACAUACGAAUGGGCGGGUGCCAGAGUCCCAAGACCGAGGUGAAUGGAGCGCCAACUCGGUGUGUAGGCCAACUGGUCUUUGUGGAUGAGUUUAAUGGCACUAAAUUGGAUCCCAACAAGUGGCAGGCGGAGCGCAGGUUUUCUGGAGAACCCGACUUUGAGUUCAACGCCUAUGUGGACGAUGCUCCGGAGACCUUGUGCCUGAAGAACAGCCAAGCUAUUCUCGCCACUACCACAAUGCGGAAACUAUACAAAAAGGGACCCGAAGGAAAACUGGACUUGUCGGAAAAUAACCAUGUCUGCACGGGGGCGGCCAACACGCACGACUGCGUCCGUGACGGGAGGACGAGAAGGGACGGCCUACCGCCUGUUGUCACUGCCCAGUUCACCUCCAAGCAGUCCUUCUCCUUCAAGUACGGUCGCGUCGAGGUUCGAGCCAAGAUGCCGCGGGCCGACUGGGUUACGCCGCAAAUCUGGCUGCAGCCUAAACACCAUGUCUACGGGACAAGCGACUACAAGUCGGGCCAGAUCAGGAUUGCCUACACCCGUCCGGCCAACCGUAUGUUGGAUCUUUAUGCCGCCGCCGUGCUGUAUGCGAAUGAGCCCCUCCGUUCCGCAAAGAGCUGCUUGAAGGCUGGAACCGGCGACACCUCCGAGGACUGGAGCGACAGCUUCCACAUCUAUACCUUGGAGUGGACGCCGAGUCAGCUGCGCUGGCUAGUCGAUGGCAAGGAGUGGUGCGUCCAGGGCAGCGACAAGGGAGCCUUCAGCGAGACAUCCGCCGGCGGUCAGCGACUGGUAAAUGCCCAGAAACUGGAGGAGGGCACCGGUCUGGCGCCCUUUGAUCAGGAAUUCUAUUUAACCUUUGGCCUGAGCGUUGGUGGGUUCAACGAGUACCAGCACGUGGUGAAGGAAUGGAACGAGCAGUCGCCGCAGGCCCAAAAGGACUUCUGGAAUAGCAUCAAGCGACAUCGUGACCACUGGAUGGCCGAGGGUCAGAUGGUGAUUGACUACGUCAAAGUGUAUACUUUGUAACUAAAAACUUUUUUUCAUAAAACAUUUUCAUAAACUUUAAAUAUUAAAAAAUGUAAUUCAAGACAAUAAAUUUCAAGUUUCUGAAAUCUCAAAAUAAACAUUUAAUAAUACCCUGCAAGGGCAUAAAAACGAAA